GGAUUGAUUAAAUAGGGUUCUGGUCAAUUGACUCUUUUGCUUUGAAUUGGGAAUAUGUGAUCCAUUUUUCAUUGGGAUCAACACUUACCCAAAUCCCAAGACCAGUUAUGAACAUAGGGUUACAGAAAAAAUAGUAUUAACAGUGAAGAAGGAGAGAAUUACCUGAAAUUUACCUUAUUAUUUUUUGUGAUUAUGAUAACUGACUACUCUCAAGUUGACUAUACAGGAUAUAAAAGAUGACAGAGAAGAAGAAAGAAGCACUGCAUGAGAGAGCCUAUACCACAUUCUCUCCCAUGUUUGGUGUCGGAGAAACUUCCAAUGAGUCCAAAACCCUCACAGCUGUUCCUGCAUUGCCCAAGAUCUCACGAGCUAGCUCAUCAACCAAUUAUUAGCAACUAAUCAGUCACCCCAAAACCCAAAAUUCAACCAAUUAUUUAUAUACCAACACAUAAUCUUCAUCCAAUCUUCUUUCCACUACUUCAGUUUCACUCUCUCUGUCUAACUCUAGCAGUUUCAGAUUCUGAAAAUGGUGGAAAAUCAGACAGAGUAGCUCAGUAGCCAAUUAGAAGAACCCACUAUGAAGAUUUUGCUCAUCUUCUUCUUCUUUUACUGUUCCAUUGGUUUUGCUUCUUAUGGUUCUGCUGCUGUGGCUAACAAUGAUGAAGCAUCUGCCUUGCUUUCACUAAAAGCAGGUCUGCUUGAUCCAUUGGAGAGUCUUAAGGAUUGGAAAGUCCAAUCUGGUCACUGUAACUGGACUGGUGUAUGGUGCAAUAGUCAGGGUCACGUCGAGAAGCUUGAUCUCUCCCACAUGAAUCUCAGUGGUUCAGUCUCAGGUGACAUCCAAUGGCUCAAAAGUCUCACUAGUCUCAACUUGUGCUGCAGUGCAUUCUCUUCAUCAUUGCCAAAAUCCAUGUCGAAUCUCACAGCACUGAAGAGCCUUGAUGUCAGCCAGAAUUCCUUUGUUGGUGAUUUUCCAGUGGGACUCGGAAGGGCGGAUGGCUUGUCAUAUCUGAAUGCUUCCAGCAACAACUUCUCGGGUUUUCUGCCCGAGGAUCUUGGCAAUGCCACAAUGCUCGAGACUCUGGAUCUUCGAGGGAGCUUCUUUGAAGGGGAGAUUCCGAAGUCCUUCAGGAAGUUGCAGAAGCUGAAGUUUCUUGGCCUCUCUGGGAAUAAUCUCACAGGUCAAAUCCCAUCAGAGCUUGGGGAACUUUUGUCAUUGGAGAGCAUCAUUCUUGGGUACAAUGAAUUUCAAGGUGGGAUUCCAUUGGAAUUUGGAAAUCUCACCAACUUGAAGUAUCUUGACUUGGCAGUUGGCAAUCUUAGUGGUGAGAUUCCAACUGAGUUGGGGAAGCUGAAGCUACUAGAGACAGUGUUCUUGUACAAGAACAACUUUGAAGGUAGAAUCCCACCUCAAAUCGGCAGCAUUCCUUCGUUGCAGCUGCUUGAUCUCUCCGAUAACAAGUUAUCAGGUGAAAUCCCAGCUGAGAUAGGUGAGCUGAAGAAUCUGCAGCUUCUAAAUCUCAUGUGCAAUAAGUUGUCAGGUUCAGUACCAUUGGGACUUGGAAACUUGACUCAGUUAGUGGUUCUUGAGCUGUGGAACAAUUCUUUAUCAGGCUCUUUACCAAGUGAUCUUGGUAAAAAUGCUCCAUUGGUGUGGUUGGAUAUAUCAUCCAACUCAUUCUCCGGUGAGAUUCCAGCGACAUUGUGCAAUAAAGGCAAUCUCACCAAGCUCAUCCUCUUCAACAAUGCCUUCACAGGUUCAAUUCCAGUUGGCUUGUCAACCUGUGCUUCACUUGUUCGUGUCCGAAUGCAGAACAAUCUUCUUUCAGGGACAAUCCCAGUUGGUCUCGGCAAGCUUGGGAGGCUUCAAAGGUUAGAAUUGGCUAACAACAAUCUCACUGGUGCAAUCCCAGAUGACAUUUCUUCUUCUACUUCAAUUUCUUUCAUUGAUCUCUCUCGAAACCACCUCCAUUCUUCUGUUCCUUCAACAAUUCUCUCUGCUCCAAGUUUGCAAACCUUCAUGGCCUCGAAUAAUUUCUUAGUAGGAGAGCUUCCAGACCAGUUCCAGGACUGUCCUUCACUUUCUGUGCUUGAUCUUUCAUCAAACAGUUUCUCUGGAACCAUUCCAGCAAGCAUUGCUUCAUGUGAGAGAUUGGUGAAUUUGAAUCUUGCCAACAACCAAUUAACUGGUGAAAUCCCAAAGUCAAUUGCCAUGAUGCCCACAUUGUCCAUUUUGGACUUGUCCAACAACUCUCUCACUGGUGGAAUACCAGAAAAUUUCGGAAUCUCUCCAGCCUUGGAAACUCUCAAUGUCUCAUACAACAAGCUAGAGGGUGCUGUCCCGGCAAAUGGUGUGCUUAGAACAAUAAACCCGAGUGAUCUUGUAGGCAAUGCUGGUCUCUGCGGUGGUGUCCUCCCUCCUUGUGCCCGAAAUCCAGCAUUGGAAUCGAGGCAUAGGAGCUUGCACACUAAGAAUAUUAUUGCAGGAUGGGUGAUUGGCAUUUCAUCAGCUUUAGCAGUUGGAAUUGCACUUUUUGGUGCAAGGUCUCUUUACAAGAGGUGGUAUUCGAAUGGAAGUUGCUUCGAAGAUAGAUUCGAUGUGGGAAAUGGAGAAUGGCCAUGGAGAUUAAUGGCAUUCCAGAGGCUUGGUUUCACAAGUGCUGACAUUUUGGCUUGUGUGAAGGAAUCAAAUGUGAUUGGAAUGGGAGCUACUGGCAUUGUCUAUAAGGCUGAGAUAACAAGAUCAAACACAGUUGUUGCAGUUAAGAAGUUGUGGAGACCAGCAACAGAUGUUGAAACUGGAAGCAGUGGUGAUCUAGUGGGGGAAGUGAAUCUCUUGGGGAAGCUAAGGCAUCGAAACAUUGUUCGGUUACUAGGAUUUCUGAACAAUGAUACCAAUUUGAUGAUUAUAUAUGAGUUUAUGAGCAAUGGCAGCCUUGGAGAAGCCCUUCAUGGCAAGCAAGCUGCAAGGUUGCUUGUAGAUUGGGUUACAAGAUAUAACAUAGCAGUCGGAGUUGCGCAAGGUCUUGCUUAUCUCCACCAUGAUUGUCACCCACCAGUCAUUCAUAGAGACAUCAAGUCCAAUAACAUACUACUCGAUGCAAACCUUGAGGCUAGGAUUGCAGAUUUCGGGUUGGCAAGGAUGAUGGUCCGAACAAAUGAGACAGUUUCCAUGGUGGCUGGUUCAUACGGCUACAUUGCCCCUGAAUAUGGAUACACAUUGAAGGUUGAUGAGAAGAUUGACAUCUACAGCUAUGGUGUGGUUCUAUUGGAGCUUCUAACAGGAAAGAGGCCAUUAGACCCUGAGUUUGGAGAGUCGGUAGACAUCGUGGAAUGGAUUCGAAGGAAGAUUAGGGACAACAAAUGUUUAGAAGAAGUAUUAGACCCCAGUGUAGGAAAUUGCAAGCAUGUUCAAGAAGAGAUGCUCUUAGUCCUUAGAAUAGCACUUGUUUGCACUACCAAGCUUCCCAAGGACAGACCCUCCAUGAGAGAUGUCAUAUCCAUGCUUGGAGAGGCUAAGCCUCGACGGAAAAGCAGUAGCAACAACAAUGAUGCAUAUGCAACUAACAAAGACCAGCCAGUCUUUAGUACCUCACCUGUAAAUGGUCUUCUAUAGGGACAGAAUUAUGAGUUCCCUAUUUGGUCAUCAUUAUUUUGAUUUUUCAAGUUGUAUGUAAGAUUAAGAUUGCAUUUUUGUUAAUGUUUGUAAUCAGUGGUUCGUAUUUGUGUAUGAAGAAAGAGGAUUGUAACCAGAGAAUAUUGUACCCAUUACCAGAAUAACAACAACGUUCAACAUAAGCCUUGAGCUUAAUUUUCUCUAAACUUGCUUACAAUUUAUAAAGGGAACCCAUCAAAUAUAUUCCUUCUUACAAACACAAAUAUAUCAGGAUCCUAACUGAUAGAGACAAAACUUAAGACAAUUGAAGCAACAUCAGAUGAAAUACUUUGAUCUUCAAUUGCAACUCUAGUCCUCUUCCCAUAAACAAUCUUUCCUUGAGCACCCAGAUUCGCCUUGAGAGGAUUCUCACUCAUAUUCUCUUUAAGGAGAUUUCUCCUCACCCAGAUUCCCCUUGAGGAGACUACUCCUCACCCAUCGCCUUGAGGGGAUCUAUUAGUACAUUUCCUGACUACAAAUCAUUUUAAAAAUUUUACACCCACAAAAACUCCAUUAUAUAUGUUUCUGUAUGAAUAACCGAGUUAUUUUUUUUUCUCUAGUCAGAUUUUACAUAUAUCUCUUCAUUUUUCUCUAAUCAAAUUUGACAAUAUCAAAGAAAUUUCACCAAAAUAGAAAAAAAUAAAAUAUUUUUCUUGUCUAAUAUAUCAAUCACUCGAAAAAUAUAUCUGGAGAUAUAUCGACAGAUAUUUCAAACGCUACACCAAGUCACUUCAUGCACUUUGUUUUUUUACUCCUUAAGGUCAGCUCCGCUAAUAUGUACAAAUUU